GAGCCCCGAAAGGUCGUGGACCUGGCCCGGAUGCUAACGCCCUCGCAGAGGGCAGAGAUCGAGAGGGCCAUCGCUGUCUUGGAGGGGGACACGCCGUACCGCUUCCGAGUGCUGGCACCACCGCCAGGGCUGGGCCCCGAGAACAAGAGGGAGUGGUCGAGCGUGGUCAAGUCAGUGAAGGCAUACUGGGCGGAGGAUCCGAAGUGGGACAACGAGAACACCGUGGUCACCCCCCAUCACUACCCGCCCGAGAAGAGCGAGGCGUCCAGACGAGAAAGCCAGCAAGGGCGCUGCUGUAGCCCAGUCACGCCCCUGGACCGGAGGGGCCCAGGCGAUGAGGAGGAACGGCGCCGGGCGGCAUCGAGGGCACGUCGGAGGCGCCUUGUCCCCCCGCGCAAUCCUCGCGGGGGCCCCCCCCGGACAGCCUCCGACACGUUCACCAAGAUCGGGAACAAGUUUGGCACCGCGGGCUACGUCAACGCCGAGGGGGAGGGGGGAGCCGUGGUCGCGUCGUCGCUGAAUGCCAUCGCGUGCCUCAGGAGGGGUGUGUGCAUGCAGCCGCUUGGAGAGGAGGAGGUGGCCUCGCUGGUGGCGGGAGGGGCCCCGGUUCUCGACGAGAAGGAGGCGAAGGUGCUGGCCACCUCAAACGCGAGGUGGAGCUCCAGGAAGUGAUCCCGUGGCUCUCCGCAGGCCCGAUGGUGAGAGUGAGUCGGGCGGCUGUGCUGGGGCAGCUGACCAGUCCGAGGCCUCCCGAGGGCUGCCUUGGAGGCGUCGUGGACCAGACUUGCGGACUCUCAAGAGGAGGUCAUGUGGCUGCUCUCCUCCCUGCUCUCAGGUGCCUGGUGCGCCGCAUCCGCGAUGUACACCUGGAACCAGUGCCCUGUCCCG